AUGAUGUCCAAGUUAGCUAUUGCAUUUGCAAUUUUUCUAAGUGUUUCCGUUCAGCUAGGACGAGCCCAAUAUGACGCCUGUCCUGCUUUAUGGGCUCCCGUUUGCGCAAGCAACGGUGUAACCUAUAGAAACAAGUGUUUAUUCGUACAUAGCGUACAUAAUCCUGAUGUCAGGAUUUUGUAUUACGGAACUUGCGAAGAUAGUUCUUCGAUCUGCACCGACGAAUUCCAACCGAUAUGCGCCUCCAACGGUUUAACCUAUGGCAACAAGUGCGUCUUCGAGAAUGCGUUAAAAUCUGAUGGCGAUCUGCAGAUCGUCUUCUACGGAAAUUGCAACGAUAAAAAUGAACGUAAAUUGAAGAACGUUGUCUGCGGUUCGGAUGGAGUCACCUAUAGUUGGGAAGAGUUCCUGAAGGAGCAGGCGAGGAAUCCUUCUCUUAUUGCCUAUGACUUGGCACAUUGUUUGGUCGAAUUCAAUCCAAAAUUCCCAUAA